UGAGUUAUGCGUAUAGAAAAUCGAACUUUGAAAAUGCACCUUAGGAUUAUAUAAAGAGAGACAACUCUCCAUUGACAAAUUCCUUGUUUCAAUAAAAAGUUACAGUACGUUAGUAUUAUCACAUUACUCGUCAAACAGCGCCAUCUUGCCUCGUAAUUCUAAUUCGUCAGUGCCUGUGAAUGGACUUGUCAUAAGUGUUUUAUAUUAUUUUGUUUCUUAUUUCCGUUAAAAUUAGUAUAUUAAAUUUCCAGUCUAUAUUACGUAUUACAAAGUCACGCCCGAGCAUGAGAAAGUAUAGAUAGUUUCGAAAUUGACAUAUCACGCAUUUUCAUGGAUUAGCCUUGCACCUAAACCAAUUUUAUUAACAAGGCUUUUUGAAGAAAAAUUUGAAUUUUCCAUUGUAUCAAUUCUAGGAUUUUGUUGUGAUUCAAAAAGUGUUUGGGAGUUUUCUAUAUUUGUGGACAAGAAGUAGCUUCAUCAACGACCCGAGCCAUAUUUCAUAUGCCAACAAUGGCUAUGCAGAAGUGAAAAUCUUUUAGAUGAGAAGACAAGGCCAAGACGUCAUGCAAGUGAAUUUAGCAGGUAUUAGGCGAGAUAUUGUUAAUCUUGCCCAUAAUUAUAGCAAUGCUCAGAAAGCUGUACGUAAAGCCACUAGUAAUGAUCCUUGGGGUCCAAGCAGUACACUUAUGGCAGAAAUUGCUGAUUUAACAUAUAAUGUUGUGGCUUUCACUGAGAUUAUGCAAAUGUUAUGGAAAAGAUUAAAUGAUCAUGGCAAAAAUUGGCGACACGUAUACAAAGCCUUAGUUCUUCUAGAAUAUCUCAUCAAAACAGGCACAGAAAAAGUUGCACAACAAUGUAAAGAAAAUAUUUUUGCCAUUCAAACAUUAAAAGAUUUUCAGUAUAUGGAAGGAUCUAAAGAUCAAGGAGUUAAUGUUAGAGAAAAAGCAAAACAACUUGUGGCCUUAUUAAAAGAUGAUGAAAGAUUACGAAAUGAAAGAGCUAGAGCAUUGAAAGCAAAAGAAAGAUUUGCACAAUCAGUUAGUGGAUUUGGUAGUGAUGGAUUAGAUACUAUGUCACCUGUAAGCAGUGAUUUUCAAGAUUGGGAACCAUGUCGCUUAGGAUCUGAAACUACUACUAGACGUACGACUGAAUUGGAAGCUGCAAGACCACAGACAGUAGGCGAGGAAGAACUACAGUUACAAUUAGCUUUGGCAAUGUCAAGAGAAGAAGCAGAACAAGAAGAACAAAGAAGACGUAGUGAUGAUGUCAGAUUACAAUUAGCUCUUAGUCAAAGUCAACAAGAUUUUAAAGCACCUCAAACUGAGAAACAAAGUCAUAUGCUAGAUUUGCUGGAUGUAAAUUUAGAAGAAGCAUGUGGAUAUAAUGUAAAAACUGAUCCUUGGGGUAUACCAAUAACACCACCUCCACCCAGACCUCAAUCUUUGGAUUUAUCUCAAUUUUAUUUAUAUAAGCCACAAAAUGAUCCAUGGAGUGUUCCUACAACAAGUACUACAUCACCUGCAAUAGACCCAUGGACUCCCGUACCACAAAGAUCAACUGCUACAAUUGAUUCAUGGCGAGUACCUCCUUCAUCGCCUGUAACAGUUACAACUUCACCUAGUACAGAUCCAUGGUCACCAAUACCUUCUACUAGUGCUACUGCUAUCACUACUGAAGUUGAUACAAAUAAAAAACAAGCUAGCCGAGAUGGUAUGACAUCUGCUUCUCCAUCUUUUAACAAUUCUACCUUAACACAAAAUAUUGGUUUUGCGGCACAAUCGCCGCAAAAUAUAGGUUUUAAUUUGCCUACGACUUCAAGUGCUACAUUCAAUACAACUAAUAAUGACUUCAAUGGAACUGGUCCUAGUCUUAACAAUUUCCCUAUCGGAAAUCAAAACAAUUCUGUAGCCAGUCCACUAAGCGAUUUAGAUGAAUUCGAUGUAAUUACUAACAGAAAUAAACCUGGAUCUAGUCUGCAAACUACAAAUAAUGCAAGUACACUAUCACCAGAUCCAUUUGAUUUGGGAGGCAUAGCUGAAACUCUUCCCACUAGUACAGGAGCUGUUAAAAAAACACCACAAUCGUUCCUUGGGGAGAAUUCUGCUCUUGUUAAUCUUGAUAAUCUUGUCAGUUCUUCUGCGAUCAAAUCAACAACGCCCACACCUGCAGCAACAAUGUCAUAUUCGGCAAAUCCAUUUGCGACGGCAACAACGCCACCUCGUCCUACAAUUAAUCAGAUUCGACAAGAUCCUUGGGCAGCGAAUACAACUACUACAGCGAAUCCGUUCCUUUCGUAGCUUGGUGAUAAUCGUUGAAUGUGUCAGUCGAAAAUCAAGAGCACUGUGGUUUAAAACGUAUUCAAGAUUUUUAACGAUAACCCUGUACGGUAUAAAUUUCUCACUCGUUACGAAAUAGUUUUACUUGAAUAUAAAAAAUGAUAAAUAGAUAACAAAUGAUAUCUAAUCAAAGUAAAAUAUUUAUUAUGAACAUUUUAGUUUCCUUUCUUAAUCAAUGACAAAAGGAAGCUUAAAAUAUUAAUAUAAUAACUAGUUUAAUUCUUUUGGACUGAUGAUAAAUAAUGCAAUAGAUAACUAUAUUUGUAAACAUUAACAUUUAUUUUUACAUGUAAUUGAAAAUCUAUAACUGAUAACAUUCAUACGAAAAUGUUAAUGUCUGUUAUAAUUAUAUAAUUUAUAUUUUAUUACAUAUUAACGAUGAAGGAAAAAUUAUCUAAAAAGAGAAGGUAAUAUAUGAUAAAUAAAAAAUUAAAAAAGAAAUAAUAUUUCAAUUUUGAAUAUUUAAACGCUUCCAAAGCAUAAUUAAAUUUUAUAAGAACUUUUUUCAUUUAUAAUAUAUUUUUUAAGUGUAUUUUGAAUUGGUAAUAGAAGAUUAUUGAAUAAGAUUUUCAUUAUGUUGUAGAUUAUAAUUGAUUAAUUGAUAUCACGAUUAUUUCUUUUAUUUUAUAUUUAUGUACAUGCUUUUCUAUAGCUAACGAGAUUAUGAGACUGUCGUGAUUUGCAGGAGUAAAUUAUAUCGAACAGGGUUUUUCAAUUUAUGUUUUACGCUUAAUGUGACAUGCAUUGAUUGUGAUUCAUAAAAAUAUUGGUGUCAUGGCAUGCCUUUUAUGACUAAUACUCAUCUUGCAAGAAAAAUGCUAAUAAUAUAUGUCUUUGCUAAUUCAUUAUUUUUUAUUGUUUAACAUCUUGAUUACUUGCAGAUGAAACAAUUGUGUUAUGGAGUUUAUAGCUGCAAAAUAUUUAUAUCAUAUAAUUAUAUCUUCUAAUAUUAUUGAAGUACAUAUAUAUGUACAAGUUAAAUUAUUUAUGAAAUUUUAUGCAUUUGGUUUGGAUAAUUGAAGAUAUAUGCAUAGGCUUCAUGCACUAAAGAAAACCAAACACAGCCGUAAUUAAUAUGCAUUUUUCUAUAAAUGGAUAAAUCGAUGCGUUUUAUUGUUUCAUGAAGACUUAUUAAAAUAUAAUGCUUAUGUUGGUUUCUAUAAAUAUUCUAGAAAUUUCUUAAAGAAAUUCUUUAACGCGGUGUCUUUAUUCGUUCGACUGUCAAACUUAAUGAACCAACAUGAAAAUAAAGGGUAAUGUGAAGUGCAUUAGCUUUCUUUAUACGCAAAACGAUUUACAAUUGUACCUUGAUUUAUAUAAAAAAAAAUUGUAAAUAUGUUAGCAUAUUGUUCCCCAACUGUCAAAUCUUUUCCUUCAAUAUGUAGAAUAUUCUAAAUAAAACUUAAAAUUAGAAACUAAUUAUUUCUUAGUUUCUGAGGAAAUUGCUGAGUUUAUUAUUUUAUAUAUUGUGAAUAUUUUUCACGUUUAUGACCAUCAUUGUGAUUCCAUAAAAAAAAAAUAUGAAUCAUUUCUUUAAGAUGGUAGUUGUUAAUCAAUAUAUAUUUAUUAAUAACUUUUAAAAAAACUACUUCGCUUUAAUCUUAAUAUAAACUUCAGCAUUUCCUUUUUAAGAAUAUUUAUGCAUUUUACAAUUUUAUAUAUGAAAACAAUUUCAUACGUUUAUUGAUUGGCAAAGGGGAACUUGUAUUUGUCUGCUUAUUCUAAGUAAAUUAGAUAUGAGUUGCACGAUUAAAAUUCUGUUAAGUAAAUUUUAUUGCUUAAAUAAUUCCAUUGUAUUAUUCUUUGUUGUAUUAAUAAUUAAUUUUGUUUUAAUAUGCAUUUUCAACAUAUUCUUAUAUGAUUGAAAUUGUAUAGUUAAUUGCGUAUUUCUCCAGAUGUUCGCGUAAAAAUGAAGUUAAAAAUAUAAUAAAAUUUAAAUCAAUUCAAAAUUGAAAAUAUAUUAAUGAUCUUAUAUUCACAGUUUUUAUAGAAAAAGUACUGUGUCAUAUUUAUUGAAUGUGACAUUUUAAUAUUAUAUGUUUUCAAAUAUUUUUUUCAAUAUACUCAAUGAAUAAUAUAUAUAUAUAUAUAUAUCAAUGAAAAUAUUUUAUUUUUUUAUGUUAUAAUUUUAUUUAUGUGAUAUAAUGUACAAACUUCAUUUUUACGCGAACAAUGGAAUAUUGUUUAGUUUUUAGAAUUGGUGUAAGUGCAGAGAAAAUUUAAUGAACAUUUAUGAAUGAAAUUAUAUAUUUUAGUAGAUUAUAUUAUUAUCAUUAUUAAUAUUAUUAUUAUUCAAAUAAAUGUAAAAAUUUUUAAUUUUUCUGAUUAAAUAUUUAAUUUGAA